AUGUCAGCUCUCCUUUGUUGUUCCCGUACCUCUACGGUUGGCUAUUCGAGCAGACCUUUCAUUCGAUUGUUUGUAUUAAAGGGAUUGGAUAUAAUCGUACGAAAAUCAGGCAAAACUGUUCGCCUUGGUCACAUGUUCCACGUUUUGGCUCAUAUAGGAGCUGGCACACUGAUUAAGCACAUCUCGCGAAUUCGAUUCACAUUGUUACACAGUGAUUGCUCAUGGGGGCUUAGUUCAUCCAAUCCACAGCAUAACCCUAGCUCACUUCUCCAGCAUGGACAGGAUGUUGCUCAGAUCGUCAGUUUUUGA